AGGAGGAGGAACACGAAGACCCGGUGAUUUUAUAAGUGGAACAUUUGCAGCAGCUGAGUAUUGCGAUUCACCUAAAGACAUAAGGGAGAAAACUUGAUGACACAUCCAAAUCAAGUUUAGUCUUUGACGGCUAUGGACGUCAAAGUUUAUACAGUCAACGGCGCAGUAGCUGGUUCUUCAUCUUCUAUUCCAGAUUGGCUCAUUAGAAAACGAGCAGCGAGAAAAGGAAAACGCGUCUCAAGGGAACAUGUACAAGGCUCUAUCGAACUCAUACAAGGUUUCGAAUUCCCCGAAGCAAGCAAUAAAAUAAAAACAACUCGAGACGGUCAUCAUGCAAUAGCAACAGGCACUUAUAAACCGCAGACUAGGGUAUGGGAUCUAGACGAGCUCAAUCUAAAAUUCGAGAGACAUUCAGAUGCAGAAAACGUCGAUUUCAUAAUUUUAUCAGAUGAUUGGACAAAGAUCAUGCACUUGCAAAAUGAUCGCACUAUCGAACUACACACACAAGGCGGGUUUCAUUACAGGACUCGCAUACCCCGCUUCGGUCGUUCCCUCGCGUACCACUUUCCUUCAUGUAACGCACUCUUCUCAGCUUCAGGAAACGAGAUAUACCGCCUCAACCUUGAACAAGGCCGUUUCCUCAACCCUCUCAUCCUUCAAGACGAAAACAUCCAAGGCGUAAAUUGCAUAGACAUCAACCCCGCCCAUAACCUCCUCGCUUUCGGUGUCGACGGAAACGGCUCCGUUCAAUUCUGGGAUCCUCGUUCCAGAUCAUCCGUCGGUGUUCUUCGUUUACCAACCAGCCGGCUCUUACGGCCUAGCGCGCGGAGUACGAUGCCAGGCAUAGACGCCGAUACACCUAGCAUAGGCGUCACAGCACUCGCUUCUCGCUCGGACGGCCUCUCCUACGCAGUAGGAACAUCCACAGGACACACACUCUUAUAUGACCUCCGAUCCCCAAAACCCUUUGCACUAAAAGACCAAGGCUACGGCCUCCCAAUAAAAAACCUAUCCUGGAUAGAAGGCAGUCGACUCGCGGGGGACGGUAUGGUAUUAAGCGCGGAUAAAAAAGUCGUUAAAAUCUGGGAUCGUAAUUCCCCCUCAAGCAACUUCGUAAGCAUAACCCCAGCAACCGACCUCAACCACAUCCACCACGUCCCUGGCAGCGGCCUCUUCCUAACCGCCAACGAAGGUAUCCAAAUGGCCACCUACUACGUCCCCGCUCUUGGUCCUGCACCCCGCUGGGCUAGUUUCCUGGAAAAUAUCACAGAGGAGAUGGAAGAUUCUACGACGAGGAGCGCCUAUGAGGAUUACAAGUUUGUUGAGAGGAGUGAGCUUGAGACACUCGGCCUCUCCCACCUAAUAGGAACACCAACCCUAAAACCCUACAUGCACGGCUACUUCCUCUCCCUCCACCUCUACGACACAGCACGUGUCAUCGCUAAUCCUUUUGCAUAUGCUGAGCAUCGUGAGAAGGUUGUCAGGGAGAGGAUGGAGAAGAUGGCGGAGAGUAGGAUUAGGGCGAAGAAGGGUGGUGCGGGUGGUGGGGAGGGGGCAGAGGGUGUCAAGGUGAAUAAGGCGUUGGCGGAGAGGAUUGAGAGGGGGGUUGAGAAAGAGAGGAAGAGGGAGGAGAGGAAGAAGAAGAGGGGUGCGAAGGGAGGAGAGGAUGGGGAGGCUGAGGCUGAUGUUAUGGACGUUGACGCCAACGCCGAUGAGGACCCAGAAUCACAAAAACCAACACUCCUCAACGACCCCCGAUUCAAAGACCUAUUCCAGAACCCCGAAUUCGCAGUAGACGAGAACACGAGAGAGUAUGCGCUUCUCCACCCGUCUUCCUCUUCGCAGAUACAGAAGCAGCGGGCCAGGGGUAAGACGGCUGUGGAAGAGGAGGAAGAGGAGAGUGAGAAGGGGUCGUCUGGUGGGCUUACUGAGAGUGAGAGCGAGGGUGAAAGCGAAGGUAAAGGAAGCGGAGAGGGUGAGGGUGAUAGUGAUGAUAGUAGUGAUGCAGGUGAACUCAACAAAUUCGACCCCCGCGCACGACCAGGCCAAAAGAACGAACGUGCACUCCAAGCAUACGCACGUACGAAACAAAAUAACAGACGCACCAACGCCAACGUUAAUUUCGUCCCUCUCGUUCCGCGUACGGAAACCGGCACUAGCAUGAGCGCUAGGAAGAUGGGGGAUAAGAGUGCUACGUUUGGACAGCGGCGUGGUUCAGCCCCCUUCCAUACAACAUCAACAUCAACAGCGAGGGGAGGGAAAGGGAAGGGGGGUAAAAGCAAAGAAGGGUUUGAGAUGAGCUGGGUCCCUUCUUCUUCCAAUAAGGAUGCGAGGAAAGAUUCAGAAAAGGGAAACAGAGGGAGGAAAGGCGUGGAGGUGUUCGGAGCUGGUAUGGAGCGUGUUGAUGAAGAGAGAGUAAAUGCGAAUGCCUUGAGUGAAAGUGAAAGGACGGGGAGGAGUCAGAGGCGCAAGGGGAUGAGGAGUGGGAGUAGGAAUGUGUUUAGGCAGUUGGUGUAACGUCUUUUGUCAUGUUUACCUGCCUGUGCCGCACAUUAAUCACGAUCACGCGAGAGUUUGCAACAAGAAAAUCGACGUGGACUCUAAUGGUUAUAGUAUCGAUGCGGGUGGUAACAAAGCGACGAUGCCAUGGUCAUUGG